AAUCAGAAAAGGACCAAAAAAAAAAAUCCAAACCAAUUUUAUUGGUUUAAAAUAGUGUCUUAGUUGGUUCUGAACUGCAAGUAAAAGUGGAGAAACUCACCUAAAUUUACCCUCCCCCUUAGUCAGCGGUGAGCUUCAUAGGAACCUCCCCAAGCCAUAUAAGGCCAGGAAGAAUGUGCUAAGCACUGAGUGUGCUAAGAAUAAAGUUGUACUGGGAUGGAUAAGGUUACUUUGAACUCUAUAUUUCAUGUUUCCUGACAUACCCCUCAAAGAACUGCAAUUAUGCUAGCAAGGCUGUAGGAGCAUUGAACAGUUCUUUCCCAGUUCUUUUGAUUUGUGUUGCCUCCCUAUGCAUUCCUGGCCUGUUUAGAUCUGUGAUUUUUACAUUUUAUUUGUGGUGUACAUGGUUCUGAGGAUAUUAGAAAAGCGUGCUGGUGGUUCACUCUGAGGCAUUGCUAUUUUCGUUAGAAGCUGAUACUUUAGACUGAGCUCUAAAAGUUGCCUCUGGAAAGCCUUGGGUUGUUCUGGGAGGCCAGGAUUCUGCAGAGGAAACAGACAUUUCAGGGAGCAUAAAAGAAGAAGGAACACAGCUAGAAAAAGCAGAGGACCUUCCUCCUUCUCAUUCUGCAACUCCUGUGAGAGUCAGCAACCCAGAAGUACUAUCUAAGCUGCCACAGUAAAUCUUGACCUUUUAAACAGAGUAUCUCUUACCAUCAUCAUGGCCGAGAUAACAGCAGAAGGACACAUGUCUACAACCACAACGAUCAUAGAUGGUAAGAACGGAUCCGUUCCUUCGUCAUCCAUGAAAGUGGGCAAGAAAUCAGUGACAGAAGACCUUGUGACAACGUUCAGCUCACCAGCAGCAUGGCUUCUUGUUGUUGCUCUGAUUGUUACCUGGUCAGCAGUAGCUAUUGUAAUGUUUGACUUGGUGGACUACAAAGACUUAGCAGGAAGAUCUGUUCACAAGCUCAGCACAGAACCACUGAGAAUCAUUCAUGAGACACUGGAAGAGUCUUCUGAUUGGAUUUAUGGCUUUUUUUCUUUACUGUCUGACAUCGUAUGGAGUGAUGAUGAUGACAGUGAUGAAGGUGAAGUGGAACCUUCCCUAAAAAAAGAAAUUCAAAAACAGAAAACAGAGAGACCUGAAAAACGAACUCCAGCGAAGGCAACACACAAACCUGAAAAACAAGAAAAAAUCGAGAGGAAGGAACCCCCUAAGGUGACAAGUAAAGAAAAACCAGAAAGACAAGAAAAACCUGAAAAAAAGGAAAGGCAUGCAGCUAUUCACAAAGAGAAACCUGAAAAGCCAGAAAAACAAGAAAAGAAAGCACCAUCUAAAGUAACUCAAAAAGAUGCACCUGAAAGACAUGAAAAAGCUGAAAAGAAACCUCCUCCAAAAGAGGAGAAGAAAGUAAAGAGCACUAAAGUGGAAACAAAAGCUAAAAAGGAAGUGAAGGAUGGAAAAGGAGAAGCAAAGACGGCAGAGAAGGUCAAGCAGGCAGAGACAAAAACAACAGAAACUGGGCUAAUAAAGGCCAAAACGAAAGUUAAGGAGGAGAAAGCUCUUCAGACUGUAACUAAAUCGGACAAGAAAGAUCAAUAUGCGUUCUGUCGCUAUGUGAUUGACAUGUUUGCGCAAGGGGAUUUUUAUCCAGGUGCAGGACAUAAGGAAUUCGUACCACCUCCUCUUCUUCUAGAACAUAGUCCAAGAAAGAAACCAGCAGCUAUUGAAGAAGAAAAGUCUACUGUAGUACCUAGAGAUAUGAAAAAGAAAAAAGAGGAGAAGAAAAAGAGUGAUGAAAAGAAGACUACAACUGAAACUAAGACGAAAGAAAAAACAGGAAAAAAGGAGAAAGCUCAUGAGAAGACAGCUGUCCCUGAAAUUAAAAAAGCAGAUAAAAAAGAAGCUGCUGUGUCCAAAGAACUCAAAAAGCCAGCAAAAGCUCCUGCAGCCAACCCAGCCAUCAAAAAAGUAGCAGCACCAGAACCACAUAAAAAAGAAAACAUAAUGGAAGCUGGCAAAACAACAAAGAAAGAAGCAAAAGUACAUGCAUCUGUGGUAACUCCAAAGUCAAAAGGAGGACUUGAAAAAAAAGAAGGAAAAGCAACAAAGGCAGCAGUGCAAGAUAAACCAAAGACGAAACAAGGAAAUCCUGGAAAAGAGAAAGAAUCAAAGCCUCCAGCUGCCACAAAAGAUAAAGAACAUGCUAAAGAAAAAGAAGGAAAGAAUCCUACAUCUUUAAAAGAAAAAGAUUCCCUGAAAGGAAAAAAUCCCAAGAAUCCAGAGGGCUUAAAAGAAAAAGAGACUGGUAAAAGAAAAGAUGUGAAGUCUCCAGCAACCUUAAAGGACAAGGACUCUUCAAAACGAAAAGAAAUUAAGGCUUCAACUAAUCCUAAGGAAAAAGCUGCAGUGAAAAAGGAGGGGGAGAAGAAAGCUACCUCAGAUAACCCUCCUGAACAGAAGCAUGAACGUGUUAAACGUGAAAAAGCUGUCUCUCAGACCAAGCCAGAGGAGAAAAUGAAACAACAAAAGACAACUCCCACUGAGAAGUCAGCCCAGGCAAAACCAGCAAAGCAUGAAGCAGUCAGACAUGAAAAAGAUAUUCCCCUUACAAAACCAGUCAAACCAAAAAACACUGCAAAGCCAACAGCUGAAAUCCCAACAUCAGCCACAAAAAAACCAAAGACAACUAAGGAAAAAGAAGAAAAAACAACGGAGAAGAAACCACUGAAAAAUGAAAAAACUAAAGUAAAAGAAGAUCCACGACAUCAAAACCUGACAUCAGGAAAAGACCGAUUUCAAAACCGUGUAAGGAGCCUGAAGGUGCACAAGUCCAUGGGACCUGACAAGAUACAACCAUGGGUACUGAAAGAACUGGCUGAGGAAGUGGCUAUGCCACUAUCCAACAUAUUUGAGAAGUCAUGGCAACCUGGUGGAGUUCCCACUGACUGGAAAAGGGAAAACAUGAUGCCCUUUUUUAAAAAGGGAGAUAAGGAAGGACCAGGGAAUGACAGGUCAGUCACCUCAGUGAGACAGAGUCUCACCUCAGUGUCCAGCAAGAUCAUGGAGCAGUUCCUCCUGGGAACUAUGCUGAGGCACAUGGAGAAUAAUGAGGUGAUUGGUAACAGCCAACAUGGCAUCACAAAAGUCAAAUCAUGCCUGACAAAUUUCUUGGCCUUCUACCACGAGGUUACAGCAGUGGUGGACGAGGGAAAGGCAACAGGCAUCAUCUCCCUGGACUUGAGCAAAGGCACUGUCCCACAUGACAUUUAUGUCUCCAAAAUGGAGAGACGUGGAUCUGAUGAGUGGGCCACUGGGUGGAUAAAGAAUUGGCUGGAUGAUCAUGCUCAGAGUGUUGAAGUCAGUGGUGCAAUGUCCAGAUGGACAGCAGUGCCAAGUGGUGUUCCCCAGGGGUCGGUAUUGGGACUGGUGCUUUUUAACAUCUUUAGUGGUGGGUUUCAGUGCACCCUCAGUGAGUUCACCGAUGACACCCAGGUGUGUGAUGCAGUAAACACGCUGGAGGGAAGGAACAACACCCAGAGAGACCUUGCCAGGCUUGAGAGGUGGGCCCAGGUCAUCCUGAUGAAGUUCAACAAUGCCAAGUGCGAGGUCCUGCACCUGGUUUGGGGCAGUCCCAAAAAAAAUUUUAGGCUGAGCAGAGAAUGGAAAGAGACUAGCCCUGGGGAGAAGGACUUAGGGUUGCUAGCAGAUGAAAAGCUCGACGUGACUCAGCAGUGCGUGCUAGCAGUGAAGAAAGACAUCUGUAUCUUGGGCUGCAGCAGAAGCAGCGUGGCCAGCACGUCGAAGGAAGUGAUGGUCUCCCUCUACUCUGCUCUGGUGAGACCCCACCUGGAGUACUGUGUUCAGGACUGGGAACCCCCGCACAAGAAAGAUGUCGACAUGUUGGAGCAAGUUCAGGAGGGAGUCAUUAAGUUGACCACAGGGUUGGAGCACAUCUCCUAUGAAGACAGGUUGGGAGAGAUAGGGCAGUUCAGCCUGGAGAAGAGAAGGCUUCGGGGAUACUUGAUAACAGUCUUCCAGUACCUAAAGGGGGCCUGCAAGAGAGCUAAAGAAGGGCUUUUCACAACAGCAUGUAGUGACAGGACAAGAGAGAAUGGCUUUAAGCUGAAGGAGGUUGGGUUUAGUUUAGAUGUUAGAGAGAAAGUUUUUACUGUCAGGGUGGUGAGGCUCUGGAACAGGUUGCCCAGAGAGGUUGUGGACUCUCCAUCCCUGGAGGUGUUCAAGGCCAGGUUGGACAGGGCUUUGAGAUACAUGCUCUAGUGCAAGGUGUCCCUGCCAAUGGCAGGAGGGUUGGAACUAGAUUAUCUCUGAGGUCCCUUCCAACCCUAACCAUUCUAUCAUUCUAUAAUUCUAAAGAAUACUCUGCCAACAGGCAAAUUUCUUCCCAGAUUUGAUUUUGCCUGAAUUGUUCUAUUAAUUUUCUUUCAGAAUACCUAAUGGUAAUAAGCAUGCCCAUGUUUUAAGCCUUUGGGGUUUAUCUCAGUCACUAAUAAAAUUCUAUUAGAUAGUAUGGCUGGUGGCUGAAACAGCAAACUUCUGAAUUUGGGUAGUAGCAGAGGUAGUAAGAAGUUUCUUCCUGUUAAGUGUGCUAUUUGCUUUCAUAAUUCUAAAGAGUUUUUUAAUUUUUGUGCAAAUUUUGCUCAGAAAUUAACUUUUUCUCUCAUGAAUCCCAUGUUAAGCUCCAGCUACAAGAAAGCAAUCUUUUUUGAAACUGAAUCACCAAACUGAAAAAUUUUACUUAUGGUAAAAGGUAACAGAAACAUUUAAUUCCCCUGGGUUUUUUUAAUUCUAAAGAGGGGUAUUACAAAAUAGAGGUCUUCUUGGUUUUGAACCUGUCAAAGAAAUGGGAAAAUAAAGCUGCUAACAUUAAUACUCCAGGCAUAUUUUCAGCUGAAUGACAAAGAUAUAAAUGCACAUUUAUCAUGCAACCCAGCUCCUGUGAAGUCUCUUUUCCUUCAGAAAAGAAACAAUGCAAAGGAGAAGUCUUGAGUAUCACGUUGUUAAAUUAGAGCUUAGUAGUAGCAUUUCAGUGAAGAAAAGGCAACCUGAAGACCACUUGAUGAACCUUCCAUGUGCCUCUCUAAACUGCAUCUUCCUGCCAAAGUCAUACAGCCAGACUUUCCCAAAAGACCUGAGUCUCCUUUGCUUUGAUGUGUGUGAUAAGUCUGCUUUGAGAAAAUCUGAAUAAAUCACUGCUGCUUGAUGAUUUUUUUGUGUGUGUGAAAGUCAAUGCAGUGUUCUGCCCUCUUACACAUAAAAGUGAUUACAUAGGUGUACCAGCAUACCUACGUUUCAACUGGAAUGAAAUGUUCUCUGAUAAAUCAAAUUAGUAAACUAGAAUAAGUGUGGCAAUGUGUAAAAUUUAGUUUAUUAAGUUUGUUAUAUGUCCCUUUGUUCCCUCCCUACCAAGUGUACCCCUGUGGCAAGUUACAUAACUGUCAGUUUUCUGUCCGUCAUGAAGCCGCGAUUUUUUUAUUUCUUCCCACUUCCCUGGUUGGCAAAAGCUGAAUAUCGCACCUGUGUAACGGUCCCUAGAAUUCCCUCUAUUGGUUGUUUUGCCUUUACCCCUCCCUGACACCCUCUGUAUAAAAGUGUACGCAGAACCGCCCUCGGGGCAGUUGCGAGAGCAGGUGCAGGCGGGUGACAUCGCACUUGCUGCACAAUAAACGCUGCUACCUCACUGCCUCCCACCCUGCCUCUGCUUCAUCACUUUAAGACCGUUGCCAAGGAUCUCUCUUAACAAGAACCCACAGGAAUCAGGAUCGUCGCUCGGCGUACGAACUGACCCUUGUCCCGUGUCGCGGUGCCCGGGCUGGCCGUGCGUGGAGAUGCUGAGGUCUCGAAACACAGCACCGUGACAAAUAAGGAGCUGGAGUGAUGAGUCCUAAAGAGCUUAUUAAAAGCUCUUUAAAAU